UCCGAGCCAGCCCCGACUGGAGGAGAUGGGGAGAGGCUGAGCCACUGCCCAGCUAGCUGAACAGGCCCGGGGCCCACAGAGUGGCCAACGCCUCAACGCCGAGGUGCCCCCCUGCAGCCUGAGGGUGGCGAUGGCUGGGACCGGGAUGCCCUUGGGGCUGACGGCCAUGGAGCUGAAGGUGUGGGUGGACGGCAUCCAGCGUGUGGUCUGUGGCGUCUCCGAGCAGACCACCUGCCAGGAAGUGGUCAUUGCACUAGCUCAAGCAAUAGGCCAGACGGGCCGCUUUGUGCUUGUGCAGCGUCUUAGGGAGAAAGAGCGGCAGCUGCUGCCACAGGAGUGUCCAGUGGGCGCCCAGGCUACCUGCGGACAGUUUGCCAAUGAUGUGCAGUUUGUCUUGCGGCGCACAGGGCCUAGCCUGGCUGGAAGACCCUCCUCGGACAGCUGUCCACCCCCUGAGCGCUGUCCAGUUCGUGCCAGCCUCCCCUCAAAGCCAUGGGCAGCGCCAGGCCGUGAGCCACGCAGAGCACUGACCUGCAGCCCAAGGUGCCCCAGGCUGGCACCCAGCCCCUCGCCCCCCGAGCCUGUGGCCCCCACCGCACCCACGCCAGGCUGCUGGGCAGACCUGCAGGGCCUGGAGCUCAGGGUGCAGAGGAACGCAGAGGAGCUGGGCCACGAGGCCUUCUGGGAACAGGAGCUGCGCCGGGAGCAGGCUCGAGAGCGAGAAGGGCAGGCUCGUCUACAGGCGCUGAGCGAGGCCACUGCAGAGCAUGCUGCCCGGCUGCAGGCCCUGGACGCCCAGGCCCGCACCCUGGAGGCCGAGCUGCAGCUGGCUGCAGAGGCCCCUGGACCCCCCUCGCCCACAGCGUCUGCCACCGAGCGCCUGCGCCAGGACCUGGCUAUCCAGGAGCGGCACAGCGCGGAGUUGCAAGGCAGUCUGGUCCUGGUGAGCCGGGCUCUGGAGGCUGCAGAGCGUGCCCUGCAGGCCCAGGCCCAGGAGCUCGAGGAGCUGAACCGCGAGCUCCGGCAGUGCAACCUGCAGCAGUUCAUACAGCAGACGGGCGCUGCACUGCCACCACCCCCACGGCCCGACGGGUCCCCGCCACAGGACCUUCUGGCUCCAGGAAGAGAGGAGUCCCUCCCAGGACCCCCCCUGAGUCCUGUCUUCAAGCCUAGCCUGAGCCCUGAGGUUGCCCCCAUGAGGCAGAAUUCCUGGAGGUAGCAGCUCCUGCCCCAGACUCUGGUGACGGACAAGCCAGGACAGCUGAGACAAGCCGGCCCGGACCCUGGGAGGAGAGUGGGUGGUCACAGAGGCUUCUCCCCCCGUGGAGUGGGAAGCCCUGGGGUUGCUGCUUCAGGAUCCUGGGGGGGGUUGCUGGGAGGAUCACCCUGCUGCUCGCCAAUUCUGCCAAGCUCCGCAGAGAACUUGCCGGGCCCCAAAGGCCAGGACUCCAUGUUGGGGAUGGGAGCUGCAUGGACAAUGUGCUCAACCUGUGGAUGGAUAUAUGCUUGCCUGUGGGAGGUGUGUGCGUGUGUGUGUGUGUGCGCGUGCGUGUGUGUGUACACGGAAGAACUUGUGUGCCGCCUCCCCUACCCUGACACUGAAACCUCAAUAAACUGCCCAGAAUA